AAUCGUUUCUUUAAAAAAAAACGCAUUGAUGAGUUAGGUAGGGAAUUCUACAAUGUCGAGAAAUUGAAUACAUAUACACCAGCGAUAACCGCAGUAAGAGUUGAUCUAGUGUAGAACACGAAUAAUGAAGAAUAUACACCAAGUUUUGGUGUGCAUCGUGUGCACUAUUUGUGUGCGUACGUCGCACUCUCUUGAAGAGAAAGCUAAGAAUAAGACCCUCGAAUUCCACGGGCAAGGGGCGUCCUGUAUUACUAAACUCAGAGUCACCGUCACCAAGAUCGACAACACCGCCGACUACCGGGAAAAUACGCCGGCAUCGACGACGACGAAAAAGCCGACGACGAAAGUGAGCCGUAUUGAUACAAUCACAACCACAGUACAUCCGGGGAAGCCUGGGGGCGGGCAAGUCAACGUCGCAACCACGGAGAGAAACGACGGCAUUGCGACUGAUCAGACGACGAUGAAAACAACGGUAGGCAAGCAACCCGUCGAGCCCGUGACAGAUUCAGAAACUACAACCACCACCGAAGCGACGGCCGCCGAAACGACAACUACCGAAACGACAGCCGCCGAAGCAACAACUACCGAAGCUAAACAACCCACUGUACCUGAUACUACAAAAACAGAACCUCCUUUACCGAUUACUUCUCCACUACCCAAUAAUGGUACAGGACAGAGAAAGAGAAAACGCGACGCAUUAGAAGACUACUCUGAUUAUACUGAACAGGGUAUAACGGGGUACUCGACAUUAGACCUUACUGAUGCUGACAAAAAUUCAACAGUCGGGUACCUGUUGAAGAACGAUACUCCAGCUACCAUCGAAUCUGAUCUUAUAAGGGAUUCGAUACCCAUAACUGAUGAACCCAAUAAUGGUAUUACCUCCGAUUUUAUGAACCAAAGCGAUACAUUACAAGAAUCGAAUCUAUUAGGAACGGGUGUAUUUGACAAGAAGACACAAGAUGGUAAAGUCGAGACUGCGCAUGUUAAUGUAGGAUUAAGCUUGCCCGUAGAAACAAACACACGAACAUCUGAGAGUUUGAUCCAGAUUGAGAACAAUGAAGAUAUUGAAGAUGGUGAACUGAAGCUGAAUUUUGAGUUGAAAUCAGGCGAUGAUUUUGUUGAGCGGUUGAGUGACAGCAAAUCUCCGGAGUUUACCGAAGCGGCACGGAGAUACUCGGAUCAGUUAAGCUCAGCCUACGAAAACGUGACAGAUUUCAAGAGGAUUGAGAUUUUAGGUUUCAGACCCGGGAGCACCUUGAUAGACUACAACGUUAUCCUACAGCCGAGCCUAUCAACGGGGUUUAUCAUAGACACAACAAAGCUAAAGACUGACUUGGAGAGGGUCGUGUCAUAUCUUGAGACUAUCCCAAGUAUUGAUCUUCAUCAUCUUAAUGAGACUUACGUAACAACCGUCGCUUCAGCUAUAGAGAACGUGACGAAGGAGAUGCAGGAAAAAUGUUCAUUGGAAAACAUGUGUUCAAAACACUGUCAGACGGAGAAGGCAUCAGGACCUUGUAGCAGGUGCGCCAAUCGUAAGACGUUGAUCAGUUGCACGAAACAAAAUACCGGUGACUUCCUUGCAAACAGUCCAUUUAUUUUACUGCUGGUCAUCUGCUGUACAGUUUGUGUAUUGAUAUCAGUUCUGCUGUGUAAAAGGUUCAAAAAAGUAGACUGUCUCCCAAAGAAAUAAAGAAAAGAACUGAAAGAUUAUAAUUUGUUUUAAUGUAAUACGUCAAGCCUUACAAAAAUAUAUGUUUAGCUUGUUGGAUAGUAUCGUUGUUGGGGAGAUGUUGAUUGAAAUCUUAUGAGAACUUUAAGACUCGGGUGUAUCAUUAAUCUAACAAAGGGAGGAAUGUUGCUGUAUAGAUUUAUUUUACAGUUGGUAAUGGCUGAAUCCCUUUAAACAGAUAAAUUAAAAACUGAUUAUAAAGGAAUAAUGCAUAUAUCGCAAUGUAUCAACU